AUGAUGGAUCCACCAUUGGGUACUAGUCCGAUUUUCAAUUUAUCGAUCAAUGACACCUUCAAUGCUUCCGCUUGCGAAGAUGUCUCUGAAUUGCGAAUUGCUUUCAUCAGCAUCGGAUCUUGUCUAUCAAUCCUGGGAUGCGCUUCAAACGGGAUACUUCUCUUCAUGUUUCUAUCAAAAACAGAAAAAUCCUACCCGUUCCAAACAUUCCUGGCGUUUCUCGACUUCAUGUUAUGUGCACUUUACAUUCACUCCUUUGGACUGCUCUCCAUAUCGGUUGAAUACAAAAUUCCUUUCCUAUACGAUUUUGUAAUGGACACCAAUGUGAUGUCAUUGGUUAUGAGUCGUGUCGUCCAAUUGUCCAUUCCAUAUACCCUUAUUGCCAAUUCUCUCGAAAAACUGACUAUGAUCCUGGGAUACGAUUGUGAGAGCAGAUUCUCUUUGUAUGUUCGCAUCGGGAUCAUCAUGACACUGUUUGGAACAAUGACGGCAUUACGGUUGAACUGUUUCAAAAUGUUUUUCAUUCACGUCGAGCCACUUUGCGAAUAUUUCCAUAGAAAAUGGCUUAGCUCCGAUGCUGAAGAAGUGAUCCGAUGGAAAGAUUUCGAACAUAAUUUAACUGGGAAUGAUGAAGCCGGCAACAAAACGUCUGAAUCCCGAGAGGCUGAAAAGUCUUCAACCGAAGAAGAUGAGACUCGAGAGGUUGAAACCUCAUUUACCCGCGAUGCUGCAGUGCAGAAGAAUCAUUCCCCCGAAAUUCGAGAGGCAAUAAAUCAGGAGGCCCAAUAUUCCGAAAUUUCUGAAAUACAAGAGUAUAUAGAUCAAGAAGCUGAAACUUUGCUAUCUUCUUAUGUCCAUAAUCCAGAAGCUGGACCUUCUGAAACACAAGAAGCCAAAGUUCAGAUGACCGGAACCUCUAAAUCAUCGGAAGCUGAUCCUGAGAAGGCCGGAGCAUCUGAUAGUCAAAAAGCCGGCCCCUCUAAAACUCAAGAAACUAUACAUCGUAGGGCUGGAACUUCUGAAAUCCAUAAAAAUAUGAAUGAAGAAAACGAGACGGAUAGGGCGAUUCCUCCACCCGAGGAGGAGUCUUCAUCUGCUCGAAAUCAAGCUGCUUUGGAAAUUCGCGAGCAACAAUUCAAAAUCAAGUGUGCCACAGAAACAACAGCAGUCAUUAUUUCCGCGUAUCUGGUGUGCAACCUGUGCAAUUUCGUGCUGUACAUCAUUGAAAAUUUCAAAUCUGAAAUAAUUUUGGAUGGAAAUGGGGGAUUCAAGCCGUGGUAUGUGAUUUCGUGCGACGUUGGAUCCAACAUGUUCGUGUUCUCUUCAGCAGUACGGAUUUUUAUCUACUACAAGUACAACAGGGAGAUAAAGGUUCUUAUCAAGAAUACUCCUCUAAUGAGGUAUGCUCGAGGAGAUAGCGGUAAAAAAAUCGAUGACGAUAAUCUUCUGAAAAUGGAAAGAGUCGAUGUUUAA